CUGAUCAGCAGACGACACCAGUCAGUUGUGUUGGAGACAUCGUGAGGGGAGGAGGUGCAACUUCAAAGCGUUCUGUUUUUACUAAAUCUCCUUUUUAACUCAUGGUGACGCAUAAUACAUCACCACAAAGAGCGAGUGUGUACUAGGACGCACUAACUGAAAGCUAUGUCACCCCCUGCCUGAGAAUAUUGGGGGUCGGCAGGAAGGGUCGCGAUAUUUGGGUAUUGAUCGAGGCCGCGGUGAGGGAGGCGGCCAUGGUGAAGUUUUAAGUGAUCCUCGGAGCCGUGCACCCUCGCAGGCGUCAUGGAGGUGGUCGGGGAGUACGAAUAUAGCACCAAGGAUCUCAUAGGACACGGCGCCUUUGCUGUCGUGUUCAAGGGGCGCCACAGACAGAAACCUGGCCUGACUGUGGCGAUCAAGAGCAUAACCAAGAAGAACAUCGCCAAGUCACAGAACCUGCUGAGUAAGGAGAUCAAGAUCCUCAAGGAGCUGACGGAGCUGCAUCACGAAAAUGUAGUGGCGUUGCUGGACUGCAAGGAGACGGCCAACCACGUAUACCUGGUGAUGGAGUACUGCAAUGGCGGGGAUCUUGCCGACUACCUCCAGGCUAAGGGAACCCUCAGUGAGGACACCAUCAGGUUCUUCCUUCGACAGAUGGCCGAAUCCAUGAGAGCUCUUUAUGGGAAGGGCAUAGUGCACCGAGACCUCAAGCCUCAAAACAUCCUCCUUGCUCACGCCGGGAAGCCCAACCCUCCACCACACCUCAUCACUCUCAAGAUCGCGGACUUCGGGUUCGCGAGAUUCCUUCAGGAUGGAGUGAUGGCAGCUACGUUAUGCGGCUCUCCGAUGUACAUGGCGCCUGAAGUGAUCAUGUCUAUUCAGUACGACGCCAAGGCUGACUUGUGGUCUUUAGGCACUAUAGUGUUUCAGUGUCUCGUUGGCAAGGCACCCUUCCAUGCCCAAACGCCACAGGCUCUCAAGCAGUUCUACGAGAAGAAUGCCAACCUCGCUCCCAGGAUACCAUCUGGAACAUCUUCUGAGCUAGUGGAUCUUCUCAAUGGACUGUUGAAAAGGAAUGCCAAGGAUAGGAUGGACUUUGAGACUUUCUUCAACCAUCCAUUCAUCCGCAUGGGUGACCCAGCACCCCAGAAACCUGUUGCCCCCACUCCACCAUUAGCUCCAGCCUCCUCCCCACCUGCCACUGCUCCCAAAACUGUGGGGCGGGGUGGAGCUUUUGCCCACCCAGCUGAGCCCUCCCCAAGUCCCCCUGCUGCUAACCUUCCUCCUUCACCUGAGGAGCUGAGGAUGAGUGUGGAGCAGCGCAGUGGUGGUGGUCCAGACCUACCUGCAGCCACUGUCCCCCGGCCCACACCUGUGCCCAGGGCUUCCAGUGCCCAGCAACAGGAGGAGGCUGAAGAUUUUGUUAUGGUGCCUGCACAGCUUCCUAAUGAACCAGAAGCCUCCAGGAUUCCUCAAGGAUGGAGUGGUCGCGUCUUAUCAAAGCCAGGAGGAGGGAUAAUGUACCAGAAGAACCCUCCGCAAUACAGCCCCCUCACACCUCAGUUGGCCUCCUCCCCUCGCCCAUCACACUUACCUGUUCAAGGUGGCAGCAGUGGCAGUACACACUCCAGUAGUAGCAGUGAGUCAUGUCGAUCUGCAGAGCCAGUACCAGUGCCUUCCCAGCGCGCCACCUUCCACCAGAUGACUUCUUCGGGCUCUUCUGACCAAAUCCAUCAGCCAGAGUCCCCUAGACAUCCACAGGGAGCCUCACCCAGUCGACCUUCCCCUCCACCACGCUCCCAGCCCAUCAACAUGAGACGGGUGUCUGAUAACAAAGCUCCAGAUCUGUCAUCCAUAUCCCCUCCUGCAGUCCAGUUCACCAUUGGAGAGCCACCAGUGGGAGGCCGACGACGGUCCACCUCUGGAAGCUCUUACUCUACCACUCCCCCCACCACUGUAGCUGGCAACACCCCAUGCGGCCGUCUCACCCCCACCAACUCCCCCCUCCGUCAGUCUGGUCGCCGCACUCCCCCAUUCAUGCCUCCCCAGCUAUUCUCUGCCCCUCCCAUGCUCCCCCCUAUCCUGGGCUCUCCCACUAAGCUAGGGUUGGGAGGUCAGGACAACCCUGCUGGAGACAUCUGUGGUAAUACCACCAACCUGCCUCUGGCCCACCGUGCCAUCACCCUCCCUGAGAUGACCUCCGUCUCCCGUGACCUCACGAUGGGAGGUGCACAGGACAUGAGUGUCGAAAGCAGCACCUUGCACCGAUCCCGAACAGAGUCACAUCUGCUGGAGUGGCAGCAUGCACAACAUGCAACCAGUCCCCCUCAUGGUGGCAGACAACUGAUACAGUUUGGCCAGUCUGCACCUCAUUCCUUCCUCUUCCAGGGUGGCUGCCACACAGAAGGCCAUGACACAGUAGCCUUCUAUGCACCCCCUCUCCACCAGGAGACUUUAAUGGAGAGAGAACACAACGAAACCCUGGCCAAGCUGAACUUUGUGCUGGCGCUGGUAGACUGCAUCUUGGAAUUGGCCCGCUCCCGCUCGGCUCCAAUCACAGCCCUAACUCACAACACUACCAUGAGGGAAUCAGUGUCUGCAGGUUCUCCCAAGGAGUCUGAGGGUUCCCCAAUGGCAACUCCUACACCUGAAUGGCAGAGAAGAGCAGAGCAAUUAGUGUUGUAUAUGAGAGCUCUUCAACUGCUCAACUCAGCCCUCACCCUUGCCAAGCACGAGAAAUCAACGAGUAGACUUCAGCCUUCUAAUGCAGUGAAGAACGUGGUUGGUGUGCUGAAUGAGCGGUUCCGGCAGGCACUGAGUGUAUGUAAGGAGCUUAGUAGUUCUGGAACAGUUGCAGCAGUUGAAUCAAGAACUUCCACUAUCACAGCAGACAAAUUGAUAUAUAACUACGCAAUUGAGAUGUGCCAGAGUGCAGCCCUUGAUGAGCUGUUUGGUAAGCCUGAGGAGUGCUUUAGAAGAUACCAGACAGCCCAGAUCCUCCUUCAUGCCCUGGCCCAGCAGGUGGCCCACGACUCUGAUAGAUCCUUGUUGACACGUUACAAGCAGGCCGUAGAGAGGCGACUCUUCCUCCUCCAUGAGCAGGGAAUUGUUCAUGCAUACAACACCAACGAGGCGUAAGACAUGGUGCUACAACACACUGAUGACCACACAUUCAUCUCCGUGAUCCAGACAGUGAUGAGAGCCAAGAUGAACUGAAGACUCUGUGAGGACACUGUAAACCUGUGUUCAUCAGUGUGUCAGCAACUCCCUUAACAUUAUUUAUGUUGGUGUGAUAAUAUCUCAUAAGGUGAAAACCCUGAGUGGUGACUACAGGGUAUUCAGUUGAAAAAUGAAAAGAGCAAAAUUCAUCAAGCUUGAGUUUUAUUUAAACAUGCUUCAGAGGUAGAAGUGUUUUCAUGAUAGUCUUCUUAGGUUUUACAAAAAACAACAUUAAAAUGUGGAUGUAAUAUGUUGUGUAAAAUCCAGAAUAAGGAAAGGGUGAGUGAAAGUUGAACAUAUUAGCAUUAAGGGAGAGAAAAGGCAUGGAACUCAGUAUAGUUUGAAAAGGGAGGGACAUGCUACACUACAAAAUAGCAGCUAUUUAAGUAGCUCUCUAUGAUUUGCAAUUAUGAAAUUAAAUGGACAAUAAAGGGAGAGGAGAUAUAAUACUUGUGAGGCCAGUCAGUGUAUUUGUAUAUUUAAAGACAAUGCUUCCCAGUGUAACUUGAUCUUAAGGCAGUCUUAUAUAAUGGUCAUUUACAUAAUGCCCCUUUGACUUGCUGGUAAGAAAGUUAUUUGUGAACAUUAUCAUACACAUAUAUCACACAUGGUACUGAGCUGUGUAAAUUAGCAAUGUUGUAUGUGCUUUAUAUUAUAUACAUCCUUGUACUUGACUACCAUUCAAGCAAAGUUCUGGUCAUAAUAUCCAUUACCUGUAUGUAUGAAUGUGUGUACAUGCACAUAUGGUCAAAACAGGUAACCUCUCUGAACAAGUACUCCAGACAUGCAUGAUGGAUACAAGUCAAGCUACAUAACAGGACAAAAUCAUUCCCUAAGUCUGAGAGUUGAGAGAGAGUUGAGAGAAAGAGAGAGAGAAAGAGAGAGAGAGAGAGAGAGAGAGAGAGAGAGAGAGAGAGAGAGAGAGAGAGAGAGAGAGAGAGAGAGAGAGAGAGAGAGAACUAUAAUUUUUGUUCUAGCUGGUGCAUACUUCAGGUGUGUGACUGAAUGAAUGCUUCAUAUAAGAGGAUGAUUAUUUGCCUUAUUUUAUCUGAUAAAUGUAAAUUUUGACAAUGCUAGCCACCAAAUGGGGGCAAUGCCAAUGCCUUAGUUUUCCUCAAGAGAUCUAAUAGGAGAUAUGCGUAUUGUAUAGUAAUGAAGCAGUGGUGUUGUAUUUCCAUUAUGGAUGCAAACUAGAUAACAAAUUAUAGUUACUGUAGGAGAGCUCCCUAGGUGUCCCUGUGCAGAAAUCUCAACCCAGCUGUCAUGGUGUUUUAUUUAAUGCAAAACUAGGGAAAGCUGCUGUGUUUUUUUCUUUAUUUUCUUUCUUUAUUAUUUUGAACAACCAAUACAAGACUUUUCUGUGAAUGUGCUGCACCAGGGGAAUAUUCCUAACAGGAAACAAAAAAAGACUAAAGCAGGGAUGGGAGUGAACAGGGCUGUCUCUGGGUUGUUUCUCUCACUCAUGAUGCUGUGCUCACUUUCCUCAAUCCCUUUUUUAUAUGUUGCUACUUUUGAUAUUCUGUUUAGUGGAAUGGAUAUUUUUACAAUAGUUACGCUAACUCUCUUUGGUGAUAUCUGAGUAUUUACAGUGUACAGGUCAGGAUUGAUGCAGUCGUAGUGGCGGUGCUGCCAGUGUAGCUUUAGUCCAUAAGGGAUUUAGAAUGGUCAUAGAGUAGAUCAUUUCACCACUGGCUUCCUGCAGGCAUCACCCUGAGAGUCUGUAUGACACACUGAAGUGGAGGGCUUUAGGUUGAGUAUCUGUGUAUUCACUACCUUAUGUUACACCUGAUUUCUAUAUGGAUUCUUUUUAUGUAACACUGCAUAAGUUUUAGCUGAUGUAUACAGUGAUCUACAAGCAUGGAUUAUUUCCUUCUUCUUUCAGAUCUACAUACAAUUACUCAGGAAAAAUGUAGCUUAAGAUUCAAUUGCCACAAAGUUUUAGUUAAGCAAUUGUGUAUAUAUGAGUGUGUCUGUGUGUGUUAGUGAUUUAACUCUAUACAUACUUGAGUUUUGUAUGUUUCAUAAGCUUUCAAUCUCACCUUUGCAUUUUAUUCACAGUUGAAGCAUUUGCAACUGAAACAUGUACUUAGACUUUACAUUCAUCAGAGUGGAGUUUUACAUUUCAUUUUAGAAAGAGACUGAUAAUAAUGUGAUGUGACACUAAUCGUUAUAAACACAUUGUGACACGCUGAGGACCUGGGUGAGUGCAACCACCACCACUAUAUUACGUGAAGCUACAUAACGCUGGGAACAUGUGUAAAUGUGAUCACUGCAUACUAUGAUGCUGUAGUUAGGCACGAAGCCAGAGAGACCCCUGUGUGGUGUGAUAUAUUCUUGGUUCUAGAUGAUGAUGGCCACCAUAAGUUCAUUAAGAAAAAUAUGUAAUGUGCUCUUAACUCUGCAGCUGUGAGACUGAGUAUUUCUGGUUGGUAUGUAUAAGCAGGGAACCUAAGUUUAUAAAAUAAGAGCACAUUGUUGUGGCCAAACAUAAUAAGAUCACCAUUCUUCGGUGUAUCCUGUUAACUGUGGCUCAGGAAACAAAUGUUCAACACAUAACUCACAUCAUCUUUUGCAUGUUGUGACAAAUUCCCAUUGUAUCCUCAUUUUUUUUUUAAGUCAAGGGAGUAUUUGUAAGUCACAGUAUGCAAAAAGUUGUGGUGUACUUGAAAAUGUUAUGGAAAAUGAGAUGCCUGCAUUCAUUCACAGUUUCAUUGAUCUAUGGUGGUCUAUAGGUUAAAGGGGCUUGAAAAUAUGUGACUGGCUCUUGUCUUACUUUGCAGCAUCACUCCUCUGGAAGGAAUAAUGUAGCUGCACUGGAUUUGCAACUUUGAAGCUAAACUCAAAGUACAUAGUUUGAUGGCUACAGAGAAUUGUAUCAACAACCAUAACUGCAGGAAACCAUAUCUUGGCUUCAUAUAAGCUUUCACUGGCUCCCCAGGAUUCCAUGACUUUAGAAUCAUUGUUUUCAUUGUUCUUUGAAGUUUGUCUUCUAGUCGAGUACCUUGUAUGUGGGCAUUGUAGGCAAUGUCCAAGAUCUCGUGGCUGGCAGGUCUUCUGUCACAAUACUUUGUAGUCAUUAUUGUUAUUACUAAUUUUCUUCUCUUAUCCUUAGUAUUGGUAUAUUAUGAGUUUUGUUAUUUCAUUUUUUUAUAUUUUUCUUUUUUUUUUUCAUAUUUUUAUGAUGCAGACCUGAGCUCUUGUGAUUAGGAAGCAAAAUCCUCUGAGGGCAAGAAUCACCCCCCAUGACUAUAUUCUGAGUGGCAGUGACCCCCCCCAACCACAGCAUCUGUGAUCUUUUUGUUUUGUUAGUGAGAUAUUUUUUUUACAUAACUCAUCUAAUUAUAUUAAGAACUGUCUGAGCAGAACAUUGUUUGUACAGGUAUAUAACUAUGGUUAUAAUGCUGCUAAUUUUGUCUUUUGUUUUUCCAUGAACUAGAAACCCUUACCAUCUGAGACAUGGGCCUCAGAAGACAGGCACACUGCAGUAUUAAGGACCUUGUAGUUAGACCGAGUGUAAGAUUUGUUAAGUGUAAACAACUUUAUAAUCUUGGUCAGGAUAAUAAACUGGAUAUUUUUUCCCCUUUUAUUGAAUGGCAUAUGUAGAUAAGUAUGCAUAAUAUAGUAAAAACUUACUUAAAUUUCCUAACAUUUAUAAAUAAAAAAGUGGUAUUGGCAGGGUGAGUGUGGGCGGUGCCUUGAUGUGGCUACUAGUCGUGGCGAGCACUGGCUGGCUCAUGUUAUCUACUCUUGCAACUAGUACAAUGCCCUCCAGGGGCUGUCAUUUUAUAUUCUUACGAUAAACACAAUAGAGAAAAGAAGUCAAAUAAAAUGAAAGCCUAACACUGUC